CUCAAUUUUUUGAUUCUAUUUUGUUUUGUGUUUAUUGUGUUGGUUGUUUGAUUUGGUUGAUUUUUGUGUUUUAUUUUUUAUAAACAUAAGAUAAAAGUAGUAUUUAUAUUAUAUAUAUAUAGUAUAUUAUAUUAUAUUAUAAUAAAUUGUAUUCUGUUAUGGCGGAAGCUGAAUUAAAUGUUGACAGUAUAAUUCAUCGUUUAUUAGAGGUUAGAGGUUGUAGACCUGGAAAAACGGUUCAACUUGCCGAGGCAGAGGUACGAGGUUUAUGUCUCAAGUCUCGGGAGAUUUUCUUAUCUCAACCCAUUCUAUUGGAAUUGGAAGCUCCACUGAAAAUAUGUGGUGACAUUCAUGGCCAGUAUACUGAUCUUUUACGUCUAUUUGAAUAUGGUGGUUUUCCCCCUGAGGCGAAUUAUCUAUUCUUGGGAGAUUACGUUGACAGAGGUAAACAAUCAUUGGAAACCAUCUGUCUCCUAUUGGCGUACAAAAUUAAAUACCCGGAAAAUUUUUUCCUCUUACGUGGUAAUCAUGAAUGUGCUAGUAUCAACCGAAUCUAUGGAUUUUACGAUGAAUGUAAAAGAAGGUACAAUAUCAAAUUAUGGAAAACAUUUACCGAUUGUUUCAAUUGUUUACCCAUUGCCGCCAUCAUUGACGAGAAAAUCUUCUGCUGUCAUGGAGGUUUAUCCCCAGAUUUACAAUCAAUGGAGCAAAUACGGCGAAUUAUGAGGCCAACUGAUGUUCCCGAUACUGGAUUGCUAUGUGAUCUUCUUUGGUCUGAUCCUGAUAAAGAUGUUUCUGGUUGGGGUGAAAAUGACAGAGGUGUUUCAUUUACCUUUGGAUCUGAUGUGGUUAGCAAAUUUUUGAAUAGACAUGAUUUAGAUUUGAUAUGUCGAGCUCAUCAAGUAGUUGAAGAUGGUUACGAGUUUUUCGCUAAACGACAACUUGUCACAUUAUUUUCUGCUCCAAAUUAUUGUGGUGAAUUUGAUAAUGCUGGUGGAAUGAUGUCAGUCGAUGAAACGCUCAUGUGCUCUUUUCAGAUAUUGAAACCAUCUGAAAAGAAAGCAAAAUACCAAUAUGGCGGAUUAACUACGGGUAGACCUGUGACACCUCCUCGAGGACCGGCUAAAAAGAAAUAAACAAACAAUUAAAACAACAAGAAACCCAUGAGAAAAAAAUCAGUUACCUAAAACAAUACAAACCAAUCAACCAACAACAACGUUUACAAACAAACCCAGAGACUAUUCUUAGUCACCAAAAUAAUAAUGAUUCUCUCCCCUUUUUUUCCUUCUCUCUCUCUCUCUUUUCUCUUCAUUUUGCUUACUCUCUCCUUCUUUCCCUUACACCUUACUUUUUCUCCAAUUUACUAUUUUUUCUUUUUGUGUUAAUUGUGAAUUUCAAAUUUGAGCUCAGUCAUCAUUAUUGAGGUUUAUCUCUGAACACCAUCACGUUCACAACCAACCUAACAAAUUUACACCAUCACAAUCACAUCUACACAAAAGAAACAACAACCACCAACAACAUAUUUGCUUUAAAUUGCUAAUAUCAUCUUUAUUGUCUCAAACCAUGAUAAACAAAAGAUCUACAUCAUUUUAAAUUAUCUGAGCACGAAAGAAAGUGAAAGUGAAUGAGAAAAUCCCCACCCUAUUACCCCUUUUGAAACUUUCCCUCUUUACCUGUGGUUUAAAUCCACUCGCUCUCUCUCUCUCUCUCUCUCUUUCUAUCUUUCUAUCUUUCUCUCUCUCUAUACACCAACUCAGCAUCUCAGUUUAAAUGUCGUAACUUGUUUGUAAUCAUUUUCGCUUUCUCUUCCAUCCACCGUCACAAUAUCACCACCGUAUCAUUUUAUUCUCCCUCCCUCCCUUUCUUUCUCUCUCACUUGUAUUCUUUACUCUUUUCUCUCGCCCUUUCACCUUUUUCUUUUUUUUUCUCUCUCUCUCUCAUCCUCAUAUUCAUCCGCCUGGAUAUUAGGCAGAGAUUCGUUGAUACUUUUAUCAGAUGAGUUUAGGGCCACUCAAACAAAGACACAAUUAUUUAAUUGUUUUCUUUUUUUCUAAUAUAUUAAUUGAGAGAAACAAAAUAAAAUUAUCUCUCCUCUCUCACUCUUUCUCUCUCCAACAAUGUUGCAAUCAAGCUCAUAAUUAAGUAUAUCACUGGAUGGUUCACUUUGUAAUCAUUUACGUUCUUGUCCCGUGUGGGAGGUUAAUCAAGGUUAUUUUGGACAAUUAACAAAUUACAUUAAUGGUUCAAGUUAAUUAUAUAUUCACACAUAUAUAUUAAUUGUAUAUGUGCAACUGUAACUCUCCUAACUAAUUACUAUUAGAUGGAUUUAUCAAUCAAUCUGAUUAACAAAAAUUGCGAUUACGACGAGAAAAAAAAGUUAGCAAAAGAAAACAAUUUGAACAACUCAACCUGUGGAUUCAAUCAACAAUCAAACACCACCGUUAAUUAAUGAACACACAACCAAAUUAAUUGUUACCUCUACAUUAAAUAUAUUUGGACCAUUUCUUCACAAUUAAUCAUCACCUUUUUUUCCCAAUUUACACACAAACAAUCAAUCUACCAACUGGAUCAAUCAAAUGAAAGAAAGAAAAAAACAAACAAAUUAAUUGUUUCCAAUGGCUUCAGAUAAUUCUUGAUUAUCAUCACCAUCUAAAUAAUGUUAAUUAUUAUUAUUAAUUCAACCCAAAAAAAAUGAAACAAGUGAAACAAUUAAUAAUAAUGAUCAUAUAUACAAUAUAUAAAAGUAUUCAAUAUUAGAAUCAAUGUUUAUUAUUAAAGACAAAGUAUCAAAAACAAACAAAAGCUAAUUAAAGUUACACAAACACCUAAACCAUUUUGACUAAACCGAAGUAAACAA